CAGCUCUCACUCUCUUCUAUACACCAAGAAGAGACUCUCGGCACCUCUCCGCAAAGACUGAGACGCCGAGGCGCAUACAUUGCCCGGCAAGAUGCAUUUCCAGCAGGCUGACUCGGCCGGCCCUGGCGCUGAGCAGAAGACGCCCAAGGACUUCACCAACAAAUCGUCGAGUCUGCCUUUCGGCCAGGACCUCGCCUACCAGUCCAUCAGCGGCCCGACCUACCUCACCGCGCAAACGCUCGUCCAGCAGGUCGCAUACGCGCUCUCGGAUAAGAUCUUCGCAUACUCGGUCGAGUCGUUUGACCUGGACGUUGCAGUCAAGCACUGGCACGAACAGGGCGAGAAGAAUGCCUUUGGAUACCAGACUGGAGUCUCCUCUCUGGAGACGCGGACAGGGGCGGGCGCAAUUGCGCUGGGCUACUUGUUCUCCAAGGACUUUGACCUGAAGAAGCGCCACAUUCCCCAGGCCAUCAUCGCCUCUUCCUCGACGCUCAACUACCUCCGCUCCUCGCUCGACCAGCUGGCCGCCCUCUACUCGGUCGCCAACCCCCUCACCGCCCACAUUGCUGCCGUCGACUACUCUGCGAAUGCGAGCGCCGGCCUCGUUACCGACUAUGUUUCCUCCCUUGCACUCGCCGAAGACCUGGGCCUUGGUCUCGUCUGCAGCCCGUCUGUCUUUGAGUCGCAGCACAUGUCUCUUUUUGCGACGUUGCUCUCGAGCGUCAUGCCUACGAUCCACACCUACGACGGCAUCAGCGUUGGACGGGAGACGGCAAGGCUGGUCGACACCCUUGACCAGAGCAGGCUAUACAACAGCUAUGAGGCAGUGCUGAAGGCGGUAUCUGAAGUAGACAAGAAGCACUCGGACGCUGCCGGGCGCACGCUGCGUCUCCUCCAGGCUUUCAACGACGAGCUUGGUGAGGACUACAAGCUCUUUGACUACUACGGCCAUGAGGAGCCAGAGAGUGUUCUCGUCGUCUUCGGCACUGUGGAGGCUUCUCUGACUGCUCAAGUUGCGACUGCACUUUCCCGGGACGGUGAGAAGGUCGGUGUCGUCAACGUCCGCGUCUACCGCCCCUUUGUGGAGGAGGCUUUCCUGGAAGCACUUCCCAAGAGCACCCGCCGCGUUGCUGUCCUUGGCCAGGUCAAGGAUGAAGCCGCCGUGCUCGACCCUGCUGAGUACUCACGGCUCUAUGCUGACGUACUGGCCGCUGUUCAGUUCACCCUCGAUAGGAGCAUAGAGGUGACAGACGUCAAGUACUCUCGCGAGCAAGUCUGGACACCCAGCAACUUCCUCGAUGCUUUCCGUCAAAUCCACGCCGAGAAGGAGGGUACAGACGUUCGCUCUCACAUCGACAUCUUGAACAAUGCCGAUGUGAAGCAGUACAGCUUCUGGAACUUGGAUGGAUCCCCAGCUCUCAACGCACCUGCUGCCAUCGGCAAGCUCUUCUCCACCGACUCCUCCAAGAAUGUCUUUGUGCGCAACGGACAUGACAACUUGGUCCAAGGCGGUGUCACGCGGACUGAUAUCCGUAAUGCUGACUACACCAUCGAGGCUCCUUAUGCUGUUGAGCAGGCUGACGUUGCUUACAUCGGCGACGAGGCUAUUCUCAAGGAGUACGAUAUCCUGAACAGCGUCAAGCCCGACGGCUCUAUUAUCAUUAAGCUUCCAGGCGUGAAGAAUGAGGACAUUGAGAAGAAGCUGUCGCCCGCAUUCCGCAAGGCUCUUGUCAGCAAGGACAUUGAGCUCUUCGUUUUCGACCCUACUCUGUCUGAAGCUGUCGCUGAAGCCGAGUCUCUGGAGCCUUACCUCACACAGCUCGCCUUCCUCAAGAUUGCUCGUGAGGACCUUCUAGCCUCCAGCCUAUCCAAGCUUGGCGCUAUCAACGGCAGCCCAGAGCUCUUUGAGAAGCUUGCUGCGCAACUUGAGAAUGCUGUCCGUGAGGUAGAGGUCCCUGCUGCCUGGGGCACUGUGGACGCUGAGCCCAUCCGUCUUCCCUCGGACAUCAAUGUCACCAGCUUUGCUCCGUUCGAACGAGAAGAGGACGAGCCUCCCACGCUGCUCAAGGACUGGCAAGUUGCUGCCAAGGGCUUCGUUUUCAAGGAGGCUUACGGCACCUCCAACCAAGUCCGUCCUGACCUUGGCGUCAAGACAAGCAUUGUUCAUGUCAAGGAGCGUCGUCGCCUUACACCUGAGAACUAUGACCGUAACAUCUUCCACAUUGAGUUCGAUCUCGGAAACUCUGGCGUCACCUAUGCCAUCGGUGAGGCUCUUGGUAUCCAUGCUGAGAACGACGAGAAGCAAGUCGAUGAAUUCAUCAAGUGGUAUGGCCUCAACCCCAACGAGGUUGUAGAGGUGCCAUCUCGCGAGGACCCCAACGUCCUGGUCAACCGUACCGUCUACCAAUCUCUCAUUCAAAAUGUCGACAUUUUCGGUCGCCCACCCAAGCGCUUCUACGAAUCGCUUGCAGAGUUUGCUACUGAGGAGGCUGAGAAGCGCGAGCUGCUCCAGAUCAUCAGCCCAGAGGGUGCUACCGAGUUCAAGCGCCGGGCCGAGGUCGACACCAUCACCUAUGCGGACAUCCUGCUCGAGUUCCCAUCUGCUCACCCAAGCUUCCACGACAUUGUCCGCAUUGUCAAUCCCAUGAAGCGCCGCGAGUACUCUAUCGCUUCUGCCCAGAAUGUGACCCCCAACUCUGUCUCUCUGCUCAUCGUAACGGUGAACUGGGUCGACCCCAAGGGCCGCGACCGCUUCGGUCAAGCCACCCGCUACCUCAACAGCCUCAAGAUUGGCUCUCCCGUCACCGUCUCUGUGAAGCCUUCCGUUAUGAAGCUUCCUCCCAAGACCACUGCGCCCAUCAUCAUGGCUGGUCUGGGUACCGGUCUCGCUCCUUUCCGCGCUUUUGUCCAGGAGCGCGCCUACCAAAAGCAGCAAGGCCACGAAAUCGGCGAGGUCCUGCUUUAUAUGGGGUCGCGUCACCAACGCGAAGAGUACCUCUACGGCGAGGAAUGGGAAGCCUACCAAGACGCCGGUAUCAUCACUCUGAUUGGCCGUGCCUUUUCCCGUGACCAGCCCCAGAAGAUUUACAUCCAGGAUCGUAUGCGCGAGUCUCUUACGGAUAUUCGACGCAGCUAUCUCGAAAAGGAGGGUAGCUUCUAUCUGUGUGGUCCGACAUGGCCUGUCCCCGAUGUCACAGAGGUGCUGCAGGAAGCUGUCGAGGUGGACCACAGGGUCAAGAACCCAUCUGCCAAGAAGAUUGACAGCCGCAAGGAGAUUGAGAAGCUCAAGGAUGAGGGCAGAUAUGUGCUUGAAGUUUACUAGACGGGGAAUGUUUUGUCUUGAUUAAGCUACGCAUAUAGACGGGCUGUUUUGAGGGUUCAUGAUAUUACGAAGGUUCAAAAAGGGGUAUUUUGAUAAAAUUUCCGGACAAAAUAGAUUGACGUUGA